GCUGGAGCUUUCAGGCACGCUUGUGUGUGUGAGUGUGAGAGUGUGUGUGUGUGAGAGUGUGUGUGUGUGUGUGUGAGAGUGUGUACCGGGUGGAUCAGAAGGAGUAAAUCCAGGUUCUAAAAUGCUGAAUUAUAGAAAAGUUCUCGUUACAGCCGUAAGGACACAAAACCGCCGACUGUUUUCUGCUUCUAAAGUCACUGCGGGGGCGAGAAAAGGUCUGGUUCUCGGCGUGUAUGAGAAAGAGAACGGCAGCGAUGCCACGCCCUUCACCCAGGCGGCGGCUUCAUUCGACAGAUCCGUAUCGGGGAAACUCGGCGAGACCUUGUCCAUAUCCGGACCUCCCCUGAAGAAAGGAAAGUGCCGGAUAUUUUACGGUUUACACCAGGACUUUCCCAGCGUGGCGGUGGUGGGUCUGGGCGGGAAGGGAGCCGGUCUGUGCGGGAGCGAGAACUGGGAGAGCGGCAGAGAGAACGUUCGGGCGGCCGUGGCGGCGGGCUGCAGGCAGCUUCAGGAGCUGGAGGUGGCUCACCUGGAGGUGGACCCGUGUGGCGACGGUCAGUCGGCAGCAGAGGGCGCCACGCUGAGCCUGUUCGAAUACGACGAGCUCAAGAGCAAGAGGAAGACGCCGCCCGUGCCCAGGUUACACGGCAGUGGCGAUGCGGAGGCGUGGCAGAAGGGGGUUCUGUACGGCGAGGGGCAGAACCUGGCCAGACGCUUGAUGGAGGCUCCGGCCAAUCACGUCACACCGACGGUCUUCGCAGACACGAUAGAGCAGAAGCUGGCGGCCUUCUCCGACAGAGUGACCGUCCAUAAAAGACCCCAGUCGUGGAUGGAGAGCGAGCAGAUGGGGGCUUUUCUGAGCGUAUCCAAAGGCUCGGAGGAGCCCCCUGUCUUCCUGGAGGUGCAUUACACCGGGAACCCCAACUCCAGCCAGGCUCCUCUGGUCCUGGUGGGCAAAGGAAUCACUUUCGACAGCGGCGGAAUCUCGCUGAAACCCGCGUCCGGGAUGGACGCCAUGAGGGCCGACAUGGGCGGCGCCGCCACCGUGUGUUCGGCCGUCAUCACGGCCGCCGCUCUCGGCCUGCCGAUCAACAUCGUGGGUCUGGCACCCCUGUGCGAGAACAUGCCCGGCGGGAAAGCCAACAAACCGGGCGACGUGGUGCGGGCCAAGAACGGGAAAACCAUCCAGGUCGAUAACACCGACGCUGAGGGGCGUCUGAUUCUGGCCGACGCCCUGUGCUACGCUCACAGCUUCAAGCCCAGGGCUCUGGUCAACGCCGCUACUCUGACAGGCGCUAUGGACGUAGCUUUGGGAUCCGCCGCGACCGGCGUCUUCACAAACUCUGAUUGGCUGUGGGACGAGCUGCACAAGGCGAGCGUCGCCACGGGCGACAGGGUCUGGAGGAUGCCCCUGUUUCAGCACUACACCAAACAAGUGACGGAGAGCGCCCUGGCGGACCUGAACAACGUCGGCAAAUACAGCCGCUCGGGCGGGGCGUGCACGGCCGCCGCCUUCCUGAAGGAGUUCGUGACGGCCGAACACUGGGCUCACCUGGAUAUCGCCGGGGUGAUGUCCAACAAGGACGAGGUCCCCUACCUGAGGAAGGGCAUGUCCGGGAGACCCACCCGGACCCUGGUGGAGCUGGCCGCCGCGCUGGCCGCCGGGCUUUGAAGUGACCGUAGCGUGACCCGUCACCGUUGGACUAGAGGUCUAGCCGCCAGACGUGUCUCAGAUUCAAAUGUCUGGCCACUUCUUUUCACCUGCCGGCGACGGACUGCCAGCAAUGAGGAGAAAUCCCGCUCUGGGAUUCGACCUCAAAACCUUACUGUUAUUAAAUAAAGAUAAUAAAGUAUCA